AUGGCGUGUUCUUGAGCUCUUUUUGCCCCAGAAAACGCUUCAGUUUUUUUCGCUAAGAGAGAUGGUGCGACGUCACUCAGCUGAGACAGUGGGAUGUGCAUUUACUGAACAGUAUUAUCAAGUUUUAUAUCACCAACCCGAAGAUACCCACAAAUUCUAUAAGGAUUCGAGUGUUGCUGGAUGGGAAGGGAAAGAUGGCAUUGUUCAUCCUGUAACAACAAUGAAAGGAAUACAUGAUAUGAUCAUGUCUUCGGAUUACAAGGAUUCUGAUGUAGAAGUGAAAAGUGUCUAUGCCCAGGAUUCUCUACAUGAAAGUAUUCUUCUGGUGGUCACGGGAACCUUAACUGGGAAAGAUGACGUGACAAGAACAUUUAGCCACACGUUCCUUCUCGCAAGACAGGAGAGGGGCUUUUUUGUCCUAAAUGAUAUUUUACGGUUUCUUGACAUACCUCCAUCCACUCCUGAAGCUGUGAAUGGAUCUACCAUCAAUGCAUCUGAAUCACCUUCUUGUUCCAAUUCAGGUUUUUUGGAGCUUGUUGAGGACUCUGAGAAAACGUGCACAAAGGCAGAAGCAGAAGUUACUAAUUCUGAGCCCAAACUCAAUCAGUCUCCUGAAGAGAAUCAAGAGAUGACAUCUGAAUCACUUAAACCCCCACCACCUGCUGUGGUAUCCCCCACUAAGGACACUACCCCUAAGACUACCUAUCUAGAAAAGCUGUCAAAAGAGAACAAGUCUCCUCUUACUCAUCUUGUCCAAAUUGUAAGAGUUUCUGCAAGUGAUGGAAGCUUGAUUGAAACCAAAACCCAUGUCCCUACUGUCAAUGAACCGAUCAAGAAAACGAAUUUGCAACCCAACAGUGUGGUGUCCAAACCCAGCUCUCCCCCAAGUGAUGAAACGGCAGAAAAUAUCUAUCAACCUAUGGGAAUAUACAUUGGAGGGCUGCCACCAAAUACCACUAAAAAUGAACUCACUGAAGCUGUCAAGAUCUUUGGUAGAAUAAGGAAAAACGACGGUGUUCAAGUUAUAGACAACAGAAACGAGGAUGGGUUCACUUAUGCAUUUGUACAUUUCGAGACUGAAGACGCUGUACAUAGAGCAAUUGAGGCUCACAAUAUCACCAUCCGUGGGAAAGAAGCAUAUAUAACGUACAAGAAAUCAAACGCCACAGGUAGCAAUGGCUAUGGAAGGGCUCCAACAGGCAGAGAUUGGCCUCGCCAUUAUCCUUCAUCUGGUAGGGUAGGAUCCUACAAUAAUGGGUAUGGGGAUGGAGGGGGGGACGGCGGAUUUUAUGAGUACGAAUACCACUACCACAACAGAAGCUCUGAGGGACACGACAGAGACCGUUACCAGUGGAAUGGUGGUGGUGGUGGUGGUGCAAGGAGGGGUAUCAGGGGAGGUUAUUAACACCCAUGGCGGCCAUCCUUACCAGUAGCUAUAGCUUGAUAGAUGCCAU